AUGGCGGUGCUCGCUCUGACCUAUACUGAUAAUAUGUCUGCGAUGAGGAUGUGGACGCUCCAUGAUCUCAUCUGGCGGGCCUCCGUGCGGGAUAUUGACCGCGCUUUGUUUGGAGAUGCGUCUUCAUUUCUGCCAGCCCGGGACCCUCAUAUUCCCAAAUUCCCAGCGAGCAUUGCGUCUCCGCUUUGUAUCGGCCGAUGA